CAGAGGGCACGAUCACGCCGAAGCAACGGUCACAGAGAAGCGGAAGGUUGAGGAAAAUGACUUCUGUGGAAAAUACCCGUGCAGCCAUGGUCGGGGAUUCGUCGUUGACGUUGCCACCUGAGACACAGCAGGUGCAAGGCUCAACAACGACGGCAACAACAACAGCUUCCACGACGACGACGGCAACCACGCCGACAGCGCUGAUGACACCGGCUGCUGCACAAGAUGACCUGGCAGCCAGAAAGGGACCGGUGCCACCGGAAAUUCCACACAUCACGAUGAAUAUGACUCCUCUAAAUGUCAUUCUGGAGCGUGUUGCGCUGGACACGUUCAAAAAGUUGAAGGAGUACUUCAAAUUCCUGGAGUCAGGGACGGAGCCUGAGAUUGUGAAGAAAAAACAGUUUCUUGAACUGCUUGUGAUGUUCAGAGAAAAUUUCGUGAGGUUAUAUGUGCUUUGCAAGUGGUCCAGAAACCACGAUCAAAUCAGCAAGUUGAUAGACCUGUUUGUGUGGUUGAGAGACCAGAACCAGGAGAUUACCAACAGCAUUAUGGCAUUUGGUGCCAUCAAAUCCUCUUUGAUCAGUGCGAAAAUGCCCGAACCCGAUCUUUUAACUUCGUUGGAGGUCUUGCUUCAGGGUAGGCCCAACUUGCCGACAUAUAACUUUCUACCGGCAGAGACUCUAAGCCCCCAGUUUGUGCUGAAGGUGUUGCAUAACCUAAAGGUUGAGCUGUCGAUCAAAAUGUCUCUGCAGAAUAACCUUCCAAAACCUUUCCGGAACUAUGAGAUUAAAGACGGAUGCGUCUUUUUCAAUGUUCCGAACUACUUCUCAUGUGCAUUGUCGACCUUGAAUGAUGAUAGAUUCCAUUUGAUUGAUUUUAAGCUCGGGUUUGCCCUAGUCGGCAAUGAAGUAAAAGAGUCCACCGAAAAAUCAGACCCGAAGACACUUCACACUAUUCAACAGUACUCAAACAGUCUUCUCAAUAGCGAGAAGGGCUUAAGGGAAUUCUACGAACUUCUUUACUCAUAUUCAUUAACAACAAAAAUAUAUCUAUUACAUAAACAGUUGAUAAGUAUGAGAAUGGGACUCUGGAGAGGCCACUUGACACAUAACUACAACGCCGAAAGCUCAUUAAUCACCAUAACAUACUGGGCACAACGAAAGUAUGCUAAGCCGUCAACUAUACAGAUUGGCAUAUUUCAAGAUUCUAAACUAGGUUUCAAAUGGUUUAAAGAUGGCGUCCUUGAUGAAUCUCAUGGGUUGACGUUGGUGGAUGACAGCGAAAAUAUCAAUUUAUUGAAGCUUCUGACGUCAUUGAUAAAACACCAUGUUCAAUGUAUCAUUUCAAGAUUGAAACAGUUACUAAUUGGGUCUGUUGAAGACAUAGAGAAAGCCGUCUCCCUAUCAAAUAAUUCUGAAAAAAUAAUUUUCAGAGUUUCACAAACAAAAGAUGUAAUAUACAGCAUAGAUUCCUUGAGCGGUUCAUGCUACUUUGAGAAUCCAACAAACUUCAUGAAUAGAAGUGCAUUCAAAAUAAAUACAGGAAACAGUCUAGACUUUAUAGAAAUUCUCAAAUUGAAGAUGCUUAUCCAGGAAUCAGAAUUCUCCUCUAUGAUGAAUGCCACUGGUUGGGUAAGUUUGAAAUCAGUUAGACUCAAUCCAGAUGAAAUUUCAAAGCUCAAUAUUGAUUAUUCCAAUUUGAAAAACAAAAGCCUGGAGCCAAUUUUAACAUCGAUAGAUAUAUACAGGCGAAAAGAUUGGCCAAUUGGUUGGUCAAUCCUAGUUGGUACUUUCGGAUUUCAAUCAAAUGCUCAACUUUGGUGUAGCAAAAUCCAGUCCGUUGAAGGCCAAUGGGUCAUUAAUUGGUGCAGUGAGAUUAACGUCAACGAACUAAGCGAUGAAGCUUCUUCGGAAGUGUCAAUCGGCUCCACUCAAACGGACAAUAAAACCGUGGAUGGUAAUGAGCCACGGUCAGAUGAAAAAGCAGAUGUGAACAGCACCAUGUGUGGCUCCAAGUCACUAACGUAUAACUGCUUAAUCAAUCUGAUAAAAAUUUCAAGCUCCAAGUUAAUAUCUAACUUAAUUGUUAAAGAACUUAAAGACCAAGGUUGUGAAUUGAAAAUUUUGAACUCAAACGAUAAACUGGUUAACGACUUUCUACAGAACAAUUUCAAGAUCGAUAACAUGAAUUUAAGUUCGACUGACAAUGCUGUUCUUUUGAUCAAAAAUAAGUCAUUGUUCCAUAUUCAGAGUGCAAAGGAUUCUUUAGUACUAUUGAUUACGAUUAAAAACAGUGACUUGAACGCUAAAAUGUAUGGUAAGCUAAUCAAUGAUAAUGGAGUGAAAAACUUACCAGAUAUUAAGUACAGCGAUGGCAAUUCUACCCAUUUUGAGUACAGUUCCCGAUCAAAAAUUUUUAGUAUCGAAUCAGAAGUUGAUUUAUCACAUCAAUUUGGACCAAUAGUAAAGGAGAAUUUUAUCCGUAAGGACACGAUGAUUUUAUCAAGUAUACUUUCCUUUUUGAACAAGUUCGCAAAGUCGCUAAAUUUAUUGAAAAUAGUCAGUGGCAACCCUGCAUUGAGUAUCAUGAAGGUGCUAUCGGAUGGCGUCACCUUCAAGUAUGGUGAGAAUCAGGAGGAGUAUAUGACUUUAAAGAUUCCGAGACAGGGUAAUGAUAAAAUUAGUAUUGAACUACCAGAAAAAAAUCCUCAUCGCUAUUGCUUGCCUUACUUGAAUGAAAUUUUGUCCAACGAUCAGCUCAAUAAUAUCAACAUCAAAGAGUUUGUGCUUUAUUUGAGGCUCACACUCAAGUUCUGUAGAAAAAUACAUGACCUACGUUCCAGAACAAAAGUUGAGUUGGACAGAUUUAACCUCGAAAAUGAAGAAGUUGACUAUGAAAACAAGCCCGAUGAUUUGCAACAUAUGCCUAGCUAUGGGUAUCUUCCUUUUGUUUGUGGCCUUGAGAGCUUACGUUUAAUCUACUUUAAAUGUGUGAAAGUGGAUACCCAGCAGUCAGCAGGGAAAAAGAAGAACACCAAGAUUGUAUCUGACGUGUUCAAGUUUGAGAUAAAGGUGGAGCUACGCCAUAGGAGUACCUGUGUUUCGAAAAAACACUCCAAGUUCUUUAUUUCCCUCGGCAACUUGAGAACUGAGACCACCGGGAAGAUCACUUCUCCCGCCUCCAUUACUACCGCCUGUGGAGGGAGUGGGAAGGUUUUACACGAUCUUACUACCAAAAUUUCCGAUGUUGUAGGGAGAUACUUCACCGGCGAGGACUUCCCGACGAGUUUGAACAACGGGAGUAUUGUAUUUUUAAGAGACGGGCUAUGCUGUGAUUUUGACAGCAUCGACAAGGUAUUAGAAGACUUGCAUUCCCGUCUGUAUGCUUUGGUAGAUAAAUAAUGAGUUAUCGUGUUCGCCCGCAGACCUCCCGUUCACCCCUCUUCCUUUUCUUUUGUACUUUCUCUGUGUACACUGUGUAACAAUAGCUUGAAAUGUAUCUCGCGUCUGCUGGGUG